ACCACUGCUUGAGCAUUCUUUCACCGUUUCAAGAGGCCACAGUUGAGCUUUCGACAGAAAAACAAGUGUCAGCAUCCAAAGUCAUUCCCAUGGUCAAAAUGCUGAAACAUUACAUCUCAAGCAGGUGUGGUCAGAUCACACACCCACUUGGUGAAAAACUGGCCACUAACUUGAAGAACAAUCUCCAUGAGAGGUUUUCAGCUCUGGAGAAGGUCACUGCUCUGUCAAUGGCAACCUUGUUGGACCCAAGGUUUAAAGAGCUGGGGUUCUGCAGCCAAGGCUCUGCCCACACGGCCAUAGAGCGACUCACUAAAGAGUGUGCUGCAACAAUGCAGGCGCUACUUCCAGAGGCACAGCCACAGUCGCCACCUAGAGAAGGUCCUUCAAGUCAGCAGGAAGAUGGUGGUCUCUGGGCCCUGCUGGACAGGCAUGUGGGGGUUCAACAGCAGGUGACCAGCACAACUGCCAGUGCAACAGUGGAGGUUCAGAGGUACUUAAAGGAACCUCACAUCCCAAGGACUCAGGACCCACUGAGAUACUGGGUUACCCACAAGGUUUUAUACCCACAUCUCUACAAGCUGGCAAUGAAGUUUUUAUGCACACCAGCUUCAUCUGUGCCUUGUGAGAGGAUCUUCUCCAAGGCUGGCGAAAUCGUCAGCCAAAGACGAAACAGGCUGAAGCCCAGCACAGUGGAGAAAAUUCUGUUUUUAAAUAAAAAUCUAUAACAUGUA